GAAGAGAUGACCGACAUCCUCACAUUAGUCUAGCUCCCGUAGUUUGAGGGUGAAAACAACAUGGCGCUUCUAAUUUUCUCAACUCUGGCUAUAUUCAUCCUGGCAGAAUUUACAAGUGAGUACCACCGAACAUUGGUGAAUUAGUUGCUCCGAAGUUUGUAGGUAUUUACAUAAACAUUGAAUUAGUUUCCCCUAAUUUUGUAGGUAUUUGCCCUACAUUGGAUUAGUUGCCCUAAGGAUUGUGGGUGAUUGGCAUACAUUGGAUUAGUUGCCCCAAGGAUUGUGGGUGAUUGGCAUACAUCAACCCAUAUGCUAUAGGUUUCCGCGAAAAAGUAGAUUAUGUUCAACAACUUUAGAUAUCUGGCGUACCUCUGUUGCUUUGACCCCAGGGAAUUAUAUGUCACUAUGUAAUGUUUGAACACCUACCCGCAUGAUCGCAGGGUAACCGCCAUACAAUCUAUUCGCUGUUACGGGACCUUGGACUUGAGUUGAUUUUACUUUCAUUCAGUUUGUUUGUUUUUAUUAAUAGAAAUAGUAUGAGCCCAAACUUAGAUCUAGUUGAAACCAUCAAGGUUUCACAUUCAAGUUCACUUUAAUAAAGAAAGAAGUUCACAUUCAAAAUAAACAACCCCUGGAAAAAUAAGUUUUUCGCCCAAAUAUUUCUAAAGACAGUAUCGAGCAAUGGGAGGGUGGGGCUGAAUAUUUGACAAAACAUGCGCUUCAGUGGCCCACUUUGUAAGAAUCCCAAUUAGCGCUCCUAGCCCACCCUCCCCCCCCCCAGGCUCGCCACCGCUCAUUUUUUCACGACCCUUGAACUCUAUUAAUAUUCUUUUGACCCCCUCCGCUUUUACACAGCAGAUUUUUGAAAGAAAAACAAAAGAAAAUAUUACACACCAAACGCACUUGCGAUUUUGCUUCUUUUAAAAUAAAAAUCUCAUUUAGCGCAGUAAUCGGGACUUUUAUUUCGUGAUAUUUAUGUCAGCUUAUUGCCUUCAUCUUCUCCUUGAAAAUCAUGGGAAAAACUGAAUUUUGGAGGUUGGGAUGAACAUUUGAUCGAAUGUGUUGUCAUCGGCAAAGAGUGUAUGUGGCAAGUUUCAGCUCGAUAAGUUAACGGGGCGUCGGUCAAUUAGCAGUCCGAAGCUUUUGCCACAUAGCCAUACAGAAACACACGAACAAAAGCGAAGUUAAUAUAAAGGAUUUUACAAAAAUAUGACUUCAAAUUUCAACGGGAAAGUGGUUAUAAAAUUAUGUACCGCUUCCAGGGCAAUACAUUAUUUUCUUCAUCUUCAUUUGUCCACAGAUGCCAUCAAUGUUAACUCGUCACCUAGCAAGAUACCCCUGGGACAACCAGGCCAGCUGACCAUCAACUGCACCACCCUUGACUGGAGCACCAAUGAGAGGGUCGUGCUCAAAUCCCUGACGCUGUCCAGCGCCUUCAUUGGCCAGGCACGUGACUUCCAGGAUCUUGUGACCUACUCCGUCGACUCGGACGGCGAGUUCGAGCUGAGCCCCAUCUCCAGAGACAUCAACGCCGUCGCCGAGGGCCACAUCGACCCCAGGGGCGAGUCCUACCUAAGCCUCACGUUCCCGAGACCCAACUCCGAGGACGCGCGUGUGUACAGAUGCGUGGCUCAGGGUGAGUACACCAACGGUGACCUCAUCACGAGACAGGACAUAGUGGAGACGGAGAUCAACGGAGAUUUCCUCGUGCGGUCGGUCGGGGAGCUUCAGAACGCGGUGCACGAGCUUCUCGAAAUCUCGGACGAAACCCAAGACAGUAUCAAGGAACUCGAGACUGCCAACCAGGGUAUCUCCGACGAGGUCAAGCAAGUGAGCUCAGCGGCAAGCGCCGCUCAGAGCGGGUUGGCCGCAUUGACAGAAUCCGUAGAGGCGCUGCGGGCAUCCAGUGUGUCCAAAGAAAGCCUCGAGUCAUCGCUGGCGAACGUCAACAACGUGGUACAGCUUCUGGAGAGCGUUCAGGUUAACGCGAAAAUAAACACCGAGCAGAGGUUAGCAAGUCUGGAGGCGUCGUUCGCUUCGCUGCAAGCGUCACUGGGCGACCUUGGGCGUUCCCAUGACGCCCUCAAGGCCAGAUUCACAAGAGCCGCCGCGCAGUUGUUCGACGUGUCGGCGCCUUACAACGGCAGACGAUACUACCUGGCGAGGAAGAUUGUGGACGCAACCAUCCACACGGCGCAGGCGACAUGCGAGGUCUACGGUGGGUACCUGGCCGAGGUCAACAACGCCACAGAGUUCCAGUUCGUGCAGGAGUUCCUGAAGACGACAACGGUUCUGACAGGCGUGUUCAUCAGCGGCACCGACGCGGCCAAGGAAGGGCAGUGGGUGUGGCCGCGCCUCCAGCAGCCGGUGGGUUUCAUCGACUGGGCGCCAGGGCAGCCCGACAACUGGGGCACAUACGCCAACUGUCUGAUCUUGUGGAGGGACAAGAACUGGAAGAUGGACGAUACCGACUGCUAUCUCCAGAACGGGUUGACCAGAUUUUUGUGUGAGAUACCGGAGUAGCCGUUGCCAUAGUUUCAUUGAUGGCUUUGUUUCGUGCCUAAAAAGUUAUUUCAUUAAAAUUUCAUGAAUGAAUU